AUGGAUUCGGAGUGGGCCAAGUUACUGAACGUGCCUGUCUCGGCAAAGGCGACCGCUGGGGGCCCCACUCUGGAGCACCUGAUUGACAUCUAUCUGGAGCGCCGCCACCUGUUGUGGCGGCCGCAGGAAGCGCAUGACUGGCUGAAGCAGGCAGCCAAGAACGCGGUCACCUCUUUGAACACCCCAACCGAAAAAGCCGCUGCUGACGACUGGGCAUGCGUCCGAUCCGAGUCGUUCCCCUCGACCGAGAACGAGUACGCUUACCUGCCGGUGUCCGAGUUCUCGAACAACACACACACUCUCCCGCCGGACGAGGAGGCCGCGGGGGGCCCUCUUCCGGGGGGCUCUGCCGGCGGAACUGGACGGACAGAAUUUCUGCGGUCGCUUAUGCCGUGGGCCGACUUGGGGUUGGAUCCGCAGCACGGCGGGGGAGAGAACGGAAACGGGGUGCAGUUGAACGAGGAGCAACAAGAGCAGGUGCAGCUGCACUUACAGAGAGAGGCGUACGAGCAAGCGCAAGCGGAGGCAGAACGGAGGGGGUGGGCACGUGACCAGGGAAACGUGCAGGGUUUAGGUCAGGGUUUAGGUCAGGGUUUGGCGCGUAGGGGACCUGGAAGAGAGCAGCAAGGGAACGAAGGACAGCGGGUGGAUGGAAUAGUGGAGUCGGAUGAUGAGGACUGA